AUGCAGACCCCCUCACCAGCAGCAGCAGCAGCAGCAGCAGCAGCAGCGGCAGCAGCAGCAGCAGCGGCGGCGGGGGAGAGGGGGAGUCUGUUGAGUUUGCUGCUGGAGACAACUGCAGCAGCAGCAGCAGCAGCGCCAGCAGCAGCAGCAGCAGCACCGCCAGCAGCAGCAGCAGCAGCAGCAGCAGCAGCAGCAGCAGGAGGGGCAGGAGGAGGAGGAGCAGCAGCAGAAUAUGGAGGGACGGCAGAAAGAGAGAAAGAAGCAGAGGCAGGAGCUGCCUAUACACCCCAAGAGAAAGCUAUCAUAAGCAGCAACAACAACACAAAAUAUUCAGGUGCAGCAGUACGAGUGCAGCACAUAGAACAGCUGCUGCAGCACAUGCAGCAGCUGCUGCUGCCGCUGCAGCUGCUGCUGCAACCGACUCCAACCCCCACCCUGCAGCAGCAGCAGCAGCAGCAGCAGCAGCAGCAGGAGCAGCAGGAGCAAGGCAUGCAAGCAGUGCAGCUGCAAGGAGGGUUAUUCGAGCAGCAGAGUGCAGCAGCAGCAGCAGCAGCAGCAGCAACGGAGAAUGCUGCAGCAAUGCGAGCUCUGGGGUUGCUGCUAGGAGCAGCAGAAGAAGCUGUGGAUUUGCUGCUGCAGCGGGAAGGAAUAGCAGCAGCAGCAGAUCGAUUGCUGCUGACGUCCAGGCUGUCUCUACAGGCUGAGCCACAAUGGCCUCUCUUUAUACAUGCAAACAAACAAACAGAAACAGCAGCAGCAGCAGCAGCUGCUGCAGCAGCAGCAGCAACACCGCAGCAGCAACGACAACAGCUGCUGCUGCUGCUGCAGCAAUUCAAUCAAAUACGAAACACACACUGGACAGGCAAUGCAGCAGUUCAUGCAGCAUCCACUCCUCUCCCUAUCCACACUCUUCACACUCACAACACACCACUAGCACAGGGGGCCCCCCAGGGGGCCCCCCAUGGGGCCCCCCAGGGGACCCCCCAUGCGGCUCCCCAUGGGGCCCCCCAGGGGACCCCCCAAGCGGCCCGCCAGGGGGGCCCCCGUGGGGCCCCCCGGGGCCCCCGUGGGGCCCACCAGGGGGGCCCCCGUGGGGCCCCCCAGGGGGGCCCCCGAGAGUACCCCGGGGGGGGCCUCUUGGGGGGCCCCAAAGGGGGCCCCCAAGAGGGCCCCCAAGGGGCCCCCCUGGGGGGCCCCCUUGGGCGUGAAGGAGAUGCAAAUGGUGAUGAUAAGGAGAAGGGUUUAGGAGAAGAGAAAGGGGAGAGUGUUAGGGUUUUGUUUGUGGAUGCGCGGGAGGCGUUCCAUAGAGAAAGGGUACAGAGGAUGCCCUGGCUGCAGGUGGUGGGGCCUGCAGGGUGUUUAUGUGAAUGGGGGCCAGGAGCCCGAGUUAAAGACGCAGCUAUCCUGGCUCACCAAAUAGGAAAACGAUUCGCUGACUUCCCUCGGGUAUCUGCUGAGCUUCCCUCGGAUUAUACUGCUCGCCUCAACGGCGGCUGUACUGGCAGCAGCAAGGAGGAGGAAAACAGCAGCAGCAGCUGCAGCAGCAGCAGCUGCAGCAGCAGCAGCAGCUGA